AGCGUCACUUCCUGAUUGAGACAAGCGCCAUUUUUCCUUUCAGGAGGAGGGUGAUGCUGCUUAAAUUUAGUGAAGAACAAAAAAAAAAACACUUACUGUUUAUUGCUAUUAGGAACGUCGUUGACGUUCGCAGGAGCUGGAUACAGAUAACUUGUUUCAAGUUGAGCGGUUUUCAUAUGAGCUGCAGUGACACUGGAGGGGCGCGUGUGGGUUUGUGUACAUUACAGCCGAAGACAGAGAGAGAGAGAGAGAGAAAACGAGCUAGAGCUCCCUCUUUCAGAACUAAAAGGAAAGGCAACAUGUUUCAGCUUCCUGUGGUUAACUUGGACAAAAUCCGAAAAUCUAGGAAGAGGGUAAAAGAGGUCUUGUGCGACAUUGGACUUCAGCAUUGUAAAGAGCUGCUUGAGGGAGUCCAAAGCUUUGACGCAGGAGAUAAAUAUUUCAAUAACACAACAUGGUGGGAUCUCUCUGAAAGUGAAUCACAUAGAAGGAGACGGAAGCCAAGGUACCGCUCCAACACGUUCUGCUGCAGCCUGUGCAAGUUUUGUACAAAAAGAUUAUGCGCCUACAAAGCCCAUGUACUGCGUUGCCAUGAGGAGGAUGAGGACCUUGAAACUCUGGCUGGCUGCCCUGUCUGUCCAUUCGCUUCCCAUCCUAAAGUCAUCAAUCAGCACUUUAGGAUCUUUCAUACUAUGCCACGGAAGAAUCUGGCUUCACAGUCUGUACCCAGUUCUGACCCGACACCUCUAAAUGCUGUGGAUAGAUUCUCCUGUCGCAAAUGUUUCUUUCAGGACUCUUUGUAUUACUGUAUGAAGAAGCACAUUUUAGUGUCUCAUUAUCCUACCUUAUUGAACAGUUACUAUGGGCAGCGAUCAGAAAAUGAAAUUCAGUCCUGUAGGGAAAGUGGGAUACCCCCUCUCAAAUUUUACUGUAAAAUUUGCAAUUUGCCUGCUGACAGCUCAGAGGCUUUGCUAUAUCACAUCUUGACGUCAGAUAAGCACAGAGAACUGGAGAUUCACUUAAAAGCCUUAAUUCACGAAAACACAAAAACAGGGAAAAGAAACCAGAUGAGGGUCCCACAGAUAGCCCCUAAGGUGAAAGUGUCUCAUCAGGUUCUGAAACUCUCCAUGUUGCCUGGAACCAGUGGGCAGCAGCAGCAGCAGCAGCAGCAGAUGAAAAUGGUUUCACUUCAGCAGAAUAAACCAUCUCAAGUCAUGGGGCCUCCCAGACCUCCUGCAAAUACCCCAGGCGCUGUUGCAAAAACUCGGCUUCCGAGCCCUCCUGUUUCUCUUACAAGUCCUAUCCGCACACCUGUGGGUCCACCAGCAAUCCAUACGGUCCCUGGAGGUGCAGCAACUCUAAUACGUGCUCCUGGCAGCACUCAAGCCUUCUACCCAGGGGGAUCAACAUCUGCUCUCAUACAGAUGGCCACAGCAGCUGCUAGGAGCUCAUUGCCUUCCACUUCGUCCAUCACAAUCAAUUCUCUGCCUUUUAGAAGGACAACCGCUACCUUACCUGCCCCAGCCCGGGUUGUGACAUCCUUGGUACAGGCCUCUAGCCACUCAGGGUCUACUGCUAUCGGUUCUUCCAAGCAAAAUGUCUCAUUGCAGCAGCAACAGCGCCUUACUGUGGUGCAGGCAGCGGUUCCACUUAACAAACUGGGGUUACAAGCACCAGGUACUCAGCCCCUCCUUGUUUCCUCACAAAGACUGAACCAAGCCAUUUCAGCUGUCAAUCAACCCAAAGGUGCUAUGCUGGCCUCACAGUCUCUCUUCAGUCAGCUGAUUCCAACAGGCAAUAAAGUGAAUGGCUUACCCACCUACACUCUGGCACCAGUUCAGGUGACAAUGCCAGUGCAGUCUAGAAGUGUGCAGAACCUUUCAGCAUUACCAGUGCCGGUGCAGAUCCCCCAGGGAAAUACAGUUUCAAAGCUCCAGACAACUAAGCCCAUUCAGACAGUCCCCUGCCAGCCUAAUACAAACUCCAAGCAGGCUAAACAGUGGAUAACUUGCCCAGUGUGCAACGAGCUGUUUCCCUCCAAUGUUUACCAAGUCCACAUUGGAAUAGCUCAUAAACAGUGUCCUACCAAUAGCAGUAAUGCGCAUAGACUUGCAGCCCGGGCGCCAUUUUUGAAGAAGAUUAAAGACAAAACCCUCAAAUGCCUGCUCUGUAAAACUUUGAUUUCUGAAAAAGGACUUUUUGAACAUUUGUUGCAUGGCUUGAACUGCUUGUACUGCCCUGCAAUGUUCAACUCUGUUAAACAGUUAGUGGAGCACACAAAUUCUGAGCACAAUACUAAACAAAAAGUAAAUGGUGAUUUCAUGAAUAAGGAAUAUCGGCUUUACACUGAUGACCAUGGAGAACUUGUAUUUCCCUAUUUUGAUUUGAACACUGCUGCAUCCAAAGAGCAAGUGGGGGACAAAGAAGUUCACCUAGCCCUUGUCACAGGAACUCUGGAGGUCAUCUACAUUAAGGUGCAUAUUGAGGCUGGUCGGCCAGUUUGCAGAAUAACUCAGAAAGCCCAGACUAAAGAUUGCCCUUUUUGUCCUGAGAAGUUUGAGAGCUCUGAGGAAUAUGAACUGCAUCUGAAGAUGAAGCACCAUAUAAUGCCUACAAUCCACACCAUUUUAAAAACCCCAGCUUUCAAAUGCAUCUAUUGCUGUGGUGUGUAUACAGGAAAAACUACGUCAAAAGCAAUAUCUGUCCACGUGCAGCGCUGUAGGUGUGCUCCCAAGAACACCAAGGAUUUAGAAAAAACGUUCAGUCCAGACUGCAGCAUUCCAACAGUUGUGUCUGUGAACGGAGGAUCCCAGAGGUUAGUCAUAGUGCCAAUGAAACAAGAUUCUCAGAUGACUUCCAAUUCCAAGGCAGACAAUCCUGGCUUUCAGAGUAACCUUAGGCUUGAAGUGGCAACGAGAGAUUCUGCAGAUGCCAGUGCGAGAGAAAGAGAACUUAUAGCUACAAAAAGGAAGAGGAUUGACUCUGAUGGUGGUGCCUUGUCUUCUGCACAGGAGGAGCCUCUAGUGCAUCUCGAACUUGACCCCACUGGCUUCGAAAUGCGUGCCUAUGAGGCCCGGAAAGAGUUCCUCAAUGACUACUUCAACAAAAAGCCGUACCUGUCCAAAAAUGAGGUGGAGGUGCUUGCGUCCCGCUUGUGGAUUAAUAAGACUGAUGUGGCUUGCCACUUUGGUUCCAAACGUACCAGAUGCUUAAAAACCAUCCAAAAAAACAAGGCAGUUGUCCUGUUAGGAUUUAAUAUGUGUGAACUAAAGAAAGUAAAACAUGACCUAAAUGUUGCUGAACUAAAUGAUGAUUGAACUGUUGUGAAAUUUAAGGAUUUAAGGAACUCCACCCUUCCUAAAAAAUAUACGCUAGUACUAUUUUUAUUACAUUUUAAAUGUACAGCUAAAAACAAGUUACCCAAAGCAAAACUGCAAAUAUGUAUUUUGCCUCAAAUGCACUAAGGACAGCAGUGCCGACCAGAAAUGAUCAAAACAACAAGGACUAAUGUUGACAAGCCUGGAAACCUGGGAACUGACUGUUAAAUCACACUUGAUUCUCAUUCUGAUAACACUGAUGUCUUCUCCAAGACAAAAUAAACAGUUACUUGCUCUGUGGAAACUGAAUGCGUGCACACAACACAUUUAAGUAUUAAUACAAGGUAGCAAUGUCCACAUGGGCUUUUUUUUUUUUUUUUUUACAUAUAUAUAAAAGUGUGUCAUGAUGUGUGUUCUGUAUUCAGUAAAUAUCAUACUAAUUAUCCCCCUAUUUUGUUGCAAUUAUGUACAUUUCACAUACUUAUAAUCCAUUUAUAGACAACAGCUUGUUACAGAGUUUAUUUUUUAUUUUUAUUGAACUGUGACCCUUGUUAUGCAGGAUAAUUCUGCUGUUUCUCUUUUGUUGUUUUUGUUUGUUCCUUUAACUUAAUUUCAUGGUUUGAUGUGAGAGGGAAAUAUAUACAUGAUAAUUGCAUUGCUUAUGGUUUUCUGUACCCUUUGUACGGUCAGGCUACCUUAUUUAAAAGCUUUAGAUUCACUAAAAAGUGUGUCAAGAAAUGUUGAAAAGCUUUUUAUAAUGUAGGGUUUUGUUAAACAAAACUUAAAUGCUUAACAGUUGCAUUUUAUUUAUACUUUUAAAACAGUUUAAAAUCCAUUGGAUACAUGUUUUGCUUUAAAUUGUGCUUCAUAAUUUUCUACAUGAAAUGGUAGAGCCUCUCACUGUGUAAUGUGAACAAUCAUGUUUUGGCUUGCAGAUGUACUAGUUUUCAAGUCUACGGGCAGAGAUGGAAAGUGUGUAUACUCACAGGCCCUAUUUUGUGGACAUCUUCUAAAGCAAGGUAACAACCUAGCAACCUUUCUCUUGCUUCGCGCUGCAUUGAAGAAUGCUGGUAAAUUUUUCAGUGUUUAAGCCUGGUGGUUUUUAAAGUUUUUUCCCCUUAAAAUACCAUUGCCUCACAAAAGUCCUGAACAAAUGAAGAUUUACAUGACACAUCCCCUGAAUUUCAGUCCAUAAAGUAAAAUAAUUCUAGCUUGGUUCCACCCCAGACCAUGAAAGCCUUACAAGUGCUUUGUUGUAAAUAAAUAAAUAAAUGACAGUAUUGGGGGGGGGGGGGGGGGGUGCAUUUUGCUAUAGGAAUAGAUAAUAUCUAUUUAUAUUACAGUACUUAGGCACUGUUCAAAGUAAAAUGGUAAUGGUUUCCAAGAGGUCAUAUACCACAUUACUAUUGUACAGGUGUUAUUUAUAUAAAUUAUACUUUUAGGUUUGUUUUAUUUGGAUACGUUUGUUGAAUAAAAUAGUAAAUAAAUGCUAAAUUAAAUUAAACUAGGCUGUAGUGCCUCCCCCCCCCCCCCCUUUUUUUUUUUUUUUUUUGAAAAGCAAAUUAUAGUAAUACAAAUAAAUUGUUAAUUAGACAAAGUGAGCAGCAGCUUCAAUAUUGGCUUUUUUUUCUUCUUUUUUUUUGUUUGUAUAUGCAAACAGUAUUUAGUUUGGAUUUGUUUUUUUAUACAUAUUCUUGGACCAUUUUAAGAUACACUUUAAAUUGUAGAAUUAAAUGCAGUGCACAAUGAAAAGUCUAAACUUGUUUUGUAGUUAAUUUCUGGUUCAUGUGUAGUUGGAACCGUUCUGUUUGUGGUCUGUAUACAUCUUUCAUUCACAGCACUGUGUUUGGAAUAAAAAUAAAAACAUUACAAAAA